AUGGACUGCACACCGAGCCCUAAAAUUUUCCAAGAAAUGCCUGAAAAUCAGCCUACAUCCCUAUCACGGCCAGGACGUAUCCCGGACAUGGCCGUUCCAUUUUUUGUUGACGAGUUCAACAAAUGGGCUGAGAAAACUCGUUUUCAGUUUGGGGAUUCUUUAGUUCUGAAGUAUGAUUCCAAGACUGAGUCAAUGUUGAAAGUGACUGAGGAAGACUACAAAAUCUGCAACAACGCCAAUCAAAUAAAAUCACACCAUGAUGGAGAAACUACAAUUUCACUAGAAAAAUCAUGUCUAUUUUUCUUCAUCAGUGGAGCUGAAGAACAUUUCUAUAAUGGUCAAAAGCUUGAGGUUAUGGUUCUGUCCGAUAAACAUGGCUCCAGCCACCAAUCUACAGUACAGAAAUUGCCUAGAAAUGCCUGA